UAUCGCAAUGUGGCGUCAACCCUCGGCCACGAGCAGCGCUCGCCAGGCCCUUCGCCGCCAUGUGAGCUCCAAUAACGGUCCGAGCAAGCCGAUCGGCCACUCCCCGGUCAUGGCCAAGCCGCCUGCUGCUCCUUUGCCACCACCGGCAGCGACUGGCAAGCCAGGUGCUGUUGCCCCAAAGCCCGAGUGGUCUAAGCCAUUGACUUCCAAGGCCGCACCUCCGAAGAGCAGCGGUGGAGGCAUUGUGUACGCAGUCCUCCUCGCGUCCAUGGGUGCGACUGGUGGGCUGGGGUACUAUAUCCAUGAGAACCCGAACUUUAACCCCACCUUCCUGAAAGACAACGAAGUGUUUGUCAAGUUUCGCGAGUUUGUGCUGUCGUCAUUUCCGUCGUCGAAGGCGAGUCUAUCUUCCACGGUCAUCGUGGUUCCUGAGUCGCCGACGAGGAAGCAGCAGGUUGACAAAGUCGAGGUGACGAAGAAGAAGACGACCGAUAUCAAGAAAGCUGCCGCAUCGAAGCAGGCAGUCGAUGCCAAGAAGGCGGAGCUGACGAAGGAAGAGGUACCUAAAACGGCCGACCCUCCCGCCGACGUAGUAAAAGACGAGUCGAAGGACGCUGUCACCGUGACGGAGGUCGUGCAAACGAAAGCCGUCGAUACGGCGGCGGACGAAAAGGUCACGGCCAAGAAAGACGACACCCCGCAUACAAUCGCGGAAGUAGCGGCGUCCAUUGUCAAGCAAGCGGAGCACGUGGUCGAGGUGGCGGAGGCGGCUGUCCACGAAGAACUCGUCAAAGCCGAGCACAUCCUGCUCACGGAAGCGCAGAAAGCGACGACGGCGCUACAAAAGAAGCUCGACGAUGCGUCGGCGAAGGAGCAAGCAGCCAUUGACGAAUUGAACAAGGAGCUCGUGGCGUUCGAAGACAAGGCGAAGGAAGUAUCAGCUGCCACCAAGAACAAAGUAGUCAAGAAGGCCCGCGCCGAGGCGGAAGCGCUUGUCGAAGAAUUGGACCACACCAUACUUGCCGACAUCAAGGAAUUGGAUGCGGAGAGUCUGCGCUUGCGCGUUGCCCAGCUCGCGACCGAGAUGAAGAACCGAUCCAAAUGGGAAGCCGUGCGCUUGAUGGAGUCGCUGCGCCGCAUGGAAGAAGAAGUCCAUGCCCAGCACGCUGAAUUGCUGCGCCAGCAAGACGUGCUGCACAAAGAUCUGUUGGCCCGUGAAUUGCGCCUUCAAGAAGAGUUGAUCACCCGCAACGCCCGGCAUGAGCUGGAAGGGCUGCGCGCCCAACACGAAGCGGAGUUGAAGGCUCUCGUGGACGCUGAAAAGACCGUCGUCCAAGCUGCAUUCGACCAGAAGUUGGCGGCACUCCAGGCCGAAGCGGACAAGAAGUUGCAUGACACGAUCGUGGAAAAGACGCAAGCAAUCCAAGCGGCCGCCGAGCAUGAACAAGCUGAUCGCAUUCACGCGCUGGAAGACAUCCGCGUGCAGGUCAAGGCCGUCAAUGAACUCCUCGGCGCCACUUCCAACUACGAAGCAUUCAGCCACAAGGUGCACAAAGUGUCGGUGGCGGCGUUGGCGCUGACCAACCGCAUCGAAGCAGCGGCGCCACUCCACAGCGAGAUCAACGCGUUGCGAGCGGCCGGCAAGGGCGACGAGCUCAUCGAAGCGACCGUGAAGACGUUGGCCAAGUUUGGAGAUGGCGCGCCGUCGGUGGCCCAGCUCCAAGAUCGUUUUAAAGUUGUCCAAAAGGCGGCGCGGAAAGCGGCGUUGGUACCAGAGUCGUCGCAAGGCGGCAUGGUCGGCCAUCUCUUUGCCAAUGCGCUAUACUUUCUCCUGAUUCCGCCCGGCGGACCCAUUCAAGGCAACGACGCUGAAGCGAUAAUUUCCCGGGCGGAGUAUGCCCUCCGAGCCGGCGACAUUGAAGCAGCAGUCGUCGAAGUCGACAAGCUGUCCGGUCUCCCGCGCGAAGUCGUAUCGGACUGGGUCGCUGCCGCAAAGUCGCGCCUGGCAGUCGAGCAGACCGCCAAGGUCGUCAAGGCGCACAUUUCGCUCCUCGCCGCGAGUUUGUCGUAGGCAAACAAUCCAUUUGGUGAAGUAGCAUAUUGGGCUCGUCAAUGGUGUCGACGGCGGUCCAACGUAACUCAAAUAUGGGUCGAUUCAAUCGAUUUUGUGCAUAUA